GAGGAGGGAGGAAGAGGCCGCGAAGGCAGCUGCGGGAGACGCGAGGAUGAAGCAGCCGCGGUGCUUGUGCCAGAUUUGCACUUGCGGACGUCAUCGUUGUCCUCAUAAUCCUACAAGGAUUUAUGACUAUGGAAGAGAGUCAAGCCUCAUGACGGAAUACACAGAAAAAUACCCUUUAUACCGCAAUGUCCCUCCACCCAAGAUCCUCAGGCCCAAGCAGGAAUAUCGGAGCCAUGGAGGGAAAAUGGAAGGCCUCACCACUUUCAGAUCUGAUUACCUUCCAUACGAUAUAACAUAUCGACCCGUUCGUGUACAGGAGGAAUACAAGCCCAUGGCUGGAGAAAUUGACAUGGCAACCACUUACAGAAGAGAUUACAAUCCUCACAAAAUAGAACCAAUAAUAUUAGUAAGACCUGCAGAAAAGAAAUAUGCUUCUAAAUGUAAACUGAACACCAUUCCAACCUACCAAGCUGACUUUAAACCCUGGGAAAUAGAAAAAAGAGAGCCCUGUAGAGUGGAGCACAUCUACCAUCCUCCCACCGAAAAGUUUGGGAACAACACUACCUCCCAGGAUGCAUUUAUUCCAAGGGAAUUUGCCCUCCGGAAGCUCAUUAAACCUGCUGACGCCACCACACUUUCAGACCAACCUUUUAUCAGCGACACGUGUCACCGGAGCGACUAUGUCGCCCAUCAGCUGGAGCCCAUGUGGAAAAAGUCAAGAGAAGCCUACCGUCCCAGCAGUCAGCCUUUCGAAAAUGUCACCACCCACCAGAGCGACUUUAGGGGCCUCCCUGGCGAUUUCCCCAAAAGCUUCAAGCCCGAGCCGACCAAAAUGGAAAACAAGUCCGAUUUUGAGGGCAUGUCAGAAUUCCGUGAUCGUUUUCAGCCGUGGGCGGUUUCCUUACCUGAGCUCCGUAAAGCCAAGGAGUACGCUCCUCCUACAGGUAGCAUGGAGUUUAACUCCACAUCCCGCCUUGAUUAUCCUCCUCACAUCGUCAGCCCGGUGGUCCUCAUGAAACCGCUGGAAAAGAUCAAAAAGAGCAGCCCUCCCUUCCAAGGGAACACAACUAUGAGAGAUUCCUUUCAAGCUUGGGACAUCCAUCCGCCAGAAAUGAUUAGAAGAACCCAGGGGAUACCGAAGGCCUCAGGUAAAUUCGAUGAUAUCACCACUUUCCGAUCUCACUAUACGCCACACAGUCUAAUCCCAACCCAGAGCUGCAAACCUACAAAGGUAAUUUUGUCCAAUUCGGCACGCUUCGAGGACGAAACCACAUAUCAUACAGACUACACCCCAAAGAGAAAAGAGAUUUGUCCAGUAAAUUACCCAUCUCCUCCUGGAUAUGUCUAUGUCAGCACCGAUUCGCGUGGUCACAAAUUCUUCCGCAAGGUGACUCCAGAUGUCAGUAAGGUUCUCCAUCCAAAUGGUAAUCAUGUUCCAAAAGAAAUAGCAGUUGUGUCCUAAUCUCUAAUUAUUUUGCUCUGCCCAGGGCUGAACAAAUAUCAUGCCUUAGGCAGACUAAUAUGGUGGUUCUAUUAAAAUAAGCACAAAUGAUUACAAGGUUUUGGGAACGUGAAAAUUGAAAUGUUUAUAAGAAUGGGGAUGGAAACUGAAUUAGUAUUUCUAUGGAAAUUUUUUUCUUCUUCACUUGUUUGUUAAAGUAAUUUAAUCCUUAAUGAAAAUGUUUGUUUGGCAAUAACUUGACAAAUUUAAUAUACAGUAAACACUUCCACUAUGUACUGUAUGGUAUGAUUUGAAUGUAAUCUGUUUGUAGCUGUCUUUUUUUUGCAAUUUAUUUUUUCAAGUUAGAUCCAUAAAGGAAUCAUUACUUGCUGUUACUAUAGUUUUCCAGGUUAAUUUCCAGUAUUUCAUCAUCUUCAGUAAUGCCAAGUCACAGAAGUGGGCUAGAAUUGAGAGAUUAGUGGCUAGAGAGAACAAUAGGAUUGUGUUU